AUGGCUGAAAGACGCGACAGCAGAGUCGCGAGGAGCAGCGGGAUUGGCGGGUGGGACAAGCACGCGCGCGCCCCCGGCGGCGGCAGCGGCGGAGACAGCGGCGGUGGCGGCGGCGGAGGCAGCAGCGUCGAUGCGAGCAGCAUAGGCGGAAGCGGCGGCGGCGGCGGAGGCGGCGCGAAGAGGCGGUGGAAGCCCGCGCCGGUCGCGCUUCGUCUCGAUCAUUUCCUCGCCGCCGCCACCGGGCCCGCCGCCACCGCUUCUGUUGCCACCCGCGCUGCGCGCGAAUCCGCGGAAAUUGGCCCGCGCGCCAGUGGAACGGGAAGGGCAAAUGCGGGUAUUAGUGACGGGCGGCCGCGCGGAUGCGAAAAGGGAGGCGGAGCGGGGAGAGGAGGCGCAGGGAGAGGAGGGGGAAUUGAGGAUGGUGGCGCGCGUGGCUUGGUUUUGGCGGAAACGAGGCAAGGGGUGGGAGCAGGGGGAGCAGGGGGCGGAGCAGGAGGGCGGAGGAGGGGAGAAGUGGCAGGCGGAAGUGUGGGGGCGGGCGGGCGAGAGGGAAAAGUGGAGAGCGCGCGCAAGGAGCUCGAGAGGGGGAGAGAGAAGGGGCGCAAUUGGGAGAACGGGGGGGAGCGCGGAGGGGGGCGAGAGGGGGGUCGGGUGCUGGUGAACCCUGCAACUUCGGAGAGCAUUGGCGUGAGGCGGGGAAAGGAGAGGCAGACACCGAAGCAGAAGCGAGUGAGCCGCCUGAAGCGGAUGGUGGUGCUGGCGAGACAGGCGCGCGGGGAGGGGGAGACAGGGGAGGGAUGGCAGGGGGAAAGGGAGAAUAGGGAGGCGGAGGGGGAGAGGGAGGGAACGGGAGAGAAGGUGAGGGAACGGGAGAGGUUGGGAGAGGAAGCGGGGGAGAGAGUGGGAAUGGGAGAGGGAGAAGGGGAGGAGGAGGAGGAGGAGGAGGAGGAGGAGGAGGAGGAGGAGGAGGAGGAGGAGGAGGAGGAGGAGGAGGAGGAGGAGGAGGAGGAAGGGGAGGAAGAAGAGCGUGUGGUGCAUGGUGAUGGUGGGAGGAAUGGAGGAGGCAUGGGAUGGGUGGAGCAUGAGAGGCGUGAAGAGGGGUGUGCUGCCACAGUGGUGGGGGUGGGAGAGGCGAGUGAGGGGCCAGAGAGGGGAGACAGGAGAGAAAGGUUAGGGGAGGGUGGGAUGGAGGGCGGGGGGGAGGAGGGGAUGGUGGCGAGGGAGGGCAGGGGGGAGGAGGGGAUGGUGGCGAGGGAGGGUGGGCAGGGACUGGACGGAAAAGUGGACGGGAGGGAGGUGAGUGGGAAACGAGUGGGUAGGCGAAGGCGAGGGAGGAGAAAGGGAGGAGAGAAGCGAGGGGAGGAGAAACGAGGGGAGGAGAAUGGGGAAGGGGUGAAGGGAGGGGAGGAGAAGGGAGGGGAGGAGAAGGGAGGGGAGGAGAAGGGAGGGGAGGAGAAGGGAGGGGAGGAGAAGGGAGGGGAAAAGAAGAGAGGGGAAGAGAAGGGAGGGGAAGAGAAGGGAGGGGAAGAGAAGAGUGGGCAAGAAGACAGCGAGGCGAAAAGGCAAACGCAGCCGACCACUUACAUUGGCGUGGAGGCAUGCAGCAGCUUCACCUCCCCCCCCACCCCUUGCUACACCCGUCUCCUCCACAUCACCCAUCUCCUCCGCAUCACCCGUCUCCUCCGCAUCACCCGUCUCCUCCGCAUCACCCGUCUCCUCCGCAUCACCCGUCUCCUCCGCAUCACCCGUCUCCUCCGCAUCACCCGUCUCCUCUGCAUCACCCGUCUCCUCCGCAUCACCCGUCUCCUCCGCAUCACCCAUCUCCUCCCACCCUCGCAUCUCCUCUCUUUCAUAGCCCUCUCUUUCUCCCACGCACCGCCCCCCUCGCCUUUGCACAACAUUCAGGUGGUGACACCCGAGCUCAACGCACUCGUGGCUGAGCUGCUGGGGGAGCUGCUGCGAUUCCAAGUCAGGGCGCUUCAGAAGGACCCCAUUAAGGGAGCGAUGCGGCGGCGGGUGCUGGCAGGGCUGAAGGAGGUGGGGCAGGCGGUGCGCAGUGGGAGGGCCAAGUGUGUGGUGCUGGCGCCUAACGUGGAGGAGGUGCCUGGGGCAGGUGAGGUGGUCUUCACGCUGCUCUCUCACCCAUCCACCUUCCAUCAGGCGGUCGUGAGCGGUCUUGAUGCGGCCCUCACGUCCAUCCUAUCAGAUGCCACCACGCGGAGCAUUCCCGUGGUUGUGGCUCUCUCCAGACGGCGACUCGCCAAGGCCAGGCCUUCAACCGCCCGUGCUGCCAUUUGUUUCGGUGCCAUAGCCAUUUUGGACGACAAUGCUGCAUCGCCCGCACCCUCUCCUCCUUUCCCCCGCUUGCAUGCUCCCAUAUCCUCCCAUCUCCUCCUAUAUCCUCCCAUCUCCUCCCAUAUCCUCCCAUAUCCUCCCAUAUCCUCCCAUCUCCUCCCAUAUCCUCCCAUCUCCUCCCAUAUCCUCCCAUAUCCUCCCAUCUCCUCCCAUCUCCUUCCAUCUCCUCCCGUCUCCUCCCAUCUCCUCCCAUCUCCUCCCAUAUCCUCCCAUCUCCUCCCAUAUCCUCCCAUCUCCUCCCAUAUCCUCCCAUCUCCUCCCAUCACCUCCCAUCUCCUUCCAUAUCCUCCCAUCUCCUCCCAUCUCCUCCCAUCUCCUCACUUUUGCACUGCAUUGCUCUGCCAGACACUAAACCGCCCUCGGUGUAAAGCAUUAAACCGCCCUCGGUGUAAAGCUCUAAACCGCCCUCGGUGUAAAGUGAGUGCCGUGGCCAUUCUGGACGACAAUGGCGCGCACAGGCUGCUCAAGAGCGUGCUGGCAGAGGCAGAGAGGGGGAGGGCGCUGUGGCAGGAGGGGCAGGCGGGGCGGGAGUGGGAGGGGAAGGAGGGGAAGGAGGCAGUUGGUGCAUGA